AUGUCUCCUGCUACUCAGCAUAUGGCUGAUGCCUCCCACCAGCUCAACUCCUACGGCCGUCGCCACCCAGGCCUCUACCUCCUCGGCGGGACCGUGCUGAUCACCAUGGGCGCGAUGGGCUACUGGGCCGGAAUUUCCGGUGGAUCUUCAGAGUCGUUCGCGCACAUGAAGCCCAGCCAGAAGAACAAAUGGGCGGGCAGCGAAGAGGUCAAGAACAGUAUCAACUUUCCUCUGGCUGAUCAUAUCAAGGACACCAAGAGAAGAUUUGAAUGA